UCUUUUGCAGAGGCCCAAGUGCAUUGGCUGGGUUGGCUGUUAUCUGCAUUAUGAUACCCGUGACCAAAGCCGUAGCGAAGGUAUGCCAUUUCUGUCUGUGGUAGCACUUGCUUUCUUGUAAACUUAAGAGUCUCGUCAUUUGAUGACGGAAAUGUUGCUCAAUUUUAUUGUAUCGUUGCCUUUCGUAGAUCAUGGGUCGGUUGCAAAAAAAACUUAUGGGGAGUAAGGAUGAGCGCGUUGAUGUAAAUAGCGAAGUAUUAGGUGCGAUGAAGGUUGUCAAGCUUCAGGCUUGGGAAGGCCCCUUUAUUGAUCGCAUCAUAAAUCUGCGAGAGAAAGAACUCAAGGAUUUGCUUAUCUAUGUCUACGCAAGUUGUGUCUCUGUAAUGCUUUGGUCGGCCGUCCCAUUGGCAGUUUCGUUGUCUACUUUUGCCGCUUACGUGUGGCUAGGGAAUGAUCUUGACGUUGCGACGGCGUUAACCUCGGUUGCUCUUUUCGAAAUAUUGCGUUUCCCACUUUUUAUGCUUCCACAAAUCAUCAAUCGUAUUGUCGAGGCGGGAGUUUCAAUGAAGCGGGUCCGAUCCUUUUUGUUAUGUGACGAAUAUAAACGCGUCGGAGAAGGUGAUUUGAAGGAGGAUGGAAACGUGCGCAUGUCCACUUUGACUGCUGUUUACGAAAGUUUGAAGCCACAACUUAGAGAAGGAAGCGAAGGAGAAGACAUCACACCGAUGAAGAAAGUGGUCGCUGAAAAAAACUGGGAAAUUUCUUUGCUACAGUCGCAGCUAGAAGAGGCAGAACUGAAAAUCAAGCAACUUACUGAAAAACGCAACAAUGACGACGGAAAACAGCCGAAUGGGCAAGACACUAUGGAGGAUCCCGAAUCUGUCGCUUCUCUAUCAGCCAACAUGUUAUGCUUGAAACGUGUCAAUUUUGAGUGCAAACCUGGUGAAUUGAUCGCAGUUAUUGGAGGAGUGGGAAGUGGAAAAUCUUCGUUGCUGAAUGGUAUUUUAGGCGAACUCCGAUUUCUCUCAGGAAAGACAGAAGUGAAAGGAAACCUAGCAUUUUUUUCGCAGAAUCCUUUCAUUAUGAACGCAACAGUCAAGGCCAACAUUCUCUUCAGUCAUGCUAAUGAACCCGUAAACGAAGAAAAAUAUCAACGUGCCAUCGAAUGCUGCGCUCUGAAACAUGACUUGGAAAUGUUACCUGCUGGUGACCAAACAGAGAUUGGUGAAAAGGGAAUCACGCUAAGGUGGGUACAAGCAAACGUAUUUUGUGUGCUGUGAAUGGCCGACUGUAUCAUAUGAUUGUAACAUGCCGAAUGAUUGUAUGUGAAAAACCGAUAUCUAAUUGUUGCCGAAAUUUCUAUUUGCUCUCAGUGGAGGACAGAAAGCAAGAGUGGCCCUCGCUCGAGCGGUAUAUCAUGAUUCUGAUAUAUCUUUGAUAGAUGAUGCUCUCAGCGCUGUUGAUGCUCACGUUGCAAAACAUCUAUUUGACGAGUGUAUCACAAAAGAUCUUUUAAGUGGUGAAGGGAAACGCUUCAAGAAGAGAUCAGUCAUUCUAGCUACCAAUGCUUUACAACAUUUGAACCACCCCCGGGUUGAUAAAAUUGUUGUGCUGCGAGAAGGUCGCAUCGUAGAACAAGGGUCGUAUAAAGAACUCUCCGAAGACAGCUCCUCAGAAUUUUCUAGAUUUCUGUCUGUGAUUGACAAGACUGGUGUAAAGCCUUCCGUGGUAGAAAAGACUAUCGAAGAGAUCGAAGAUGAUAUCGUCGGACUUCCUGGUGAUAUUGUCGCUAGUGUGCGAAAGUCGGAAAGGAGUGAAAGUUCUAAGAAAGACAAGUCAACGUUGAUGACCAUUGAAGAGCGAUCUACGGGUCGCGUCGGAAUCGAUGUGUAAGUUAUUUUUGUGAACAUUUCAUAUUUUAUCAGAAAUGUCUGAUUUAAUUUUUCGCCUUAACUUUUUGGCCUUCAGCUAUUUCUAUUGGGCACGGGCUGCGGGAGGCAUAUGGGUUCCACUUGCUAUUGUUCUUGCAUUCGCUGCCGUUGAGUGUAUUGGCGUUCUUUCGAAAUGGUGGCUGACAUAUUGGAGUACACACGGGGCCGAACACGAUCAGAUGUAUUUCUUAGGUAUUUAUGGCGUCAUUAACUUGGCCAAUAUCGUUGGUAUUUUUCUGAGACUCAUGUUUGUCAUGAUGACUGGAUUGCGUGCUUCUAGGAAGGUGAGUGAAUGGCAAGGUUUUCUCCGCUUUACUUCCUUGUAACUUUGUAUCAAUUGUACUAAACUAACUCGUUCUCAACUUAUUUUCUUUCCUCGAAUCCUCUCAUAUAGAUCUAUUUGGGAUUACUCCAAGUUAUCAUGCAUGCUCCCAUGUCCUUUUUUGACACAACACCCGUCGGUCGAAUCAUCAAUCGAUUUAGCCAAGACAUGUACACAAUCGAUAGUAACCUCGUGACUUCCAUGAGAAGUUACAUUAGUACGCUUUUAAGCGUUGUGAGCGCCCUUGUUGUGAACACAGGUGUUUCACCAGCCUUCACAAUCAGUAUUAUUCCAUUGAUAUUUUACUACGCAGCGCAACAGAGGUUCUUUACGGUAAGCACUACAAUUGCACAAUGAUUUGCUCUUUUUGUAACCGUUCAUCUAAUAUCCACGACUUGCAACUUUCAACAGAUGACGUAUCGAGAAUUGAAACGUCUCGAUUCUGUAAGCAGGAGCCCAAUUUAUGCGUUAUUGGGAGAGACUAUAGAUGGAGUAGCAACAAUUAGGGCGCACGAUGGAGAGGAAUCUCUUAUGCGACGACUCCAGAAAAUGCUUGAUGUUCAGCAAAAUGCUUAUUACUUGCUCUGCGUGGCACAGUGCUGGCUUGCCAUUCGGCUUGAACUUGUCGGGACUCUGGUAAUUACACUUGCUUGCUUGUUUCCGGUCUGGCACCACGCAUUUUAUGGAGCCGAUCCCAAUUUCGCUGGUUUGGCCGGACUUGCCAUUUCGUAUGCCCUGUCUAUUACACAGGCACUGAAUUGGUCGGUAAGGAUGGCGAGUGAUCUGGAAGCAAGCAUGGUCUCUGUAGAGAGAGUCCGUUCGUAUUGUAAGGUCGAAACCGAAGCAUCGCUUGAUGUUGGUGGAGAUAAGCAACUUCCCGAGUCGUGGCCUUCGGGGGGCAGCAUUGUAUUUGACAAUGCGUCGCUGCGCUAUCGUCCAGGCCUCCCACGAGUCUUGAAAGGAUUGGACAUUGAGUUCCCAAAACGCAGCAAAAUUGGGGUCGUUGGACGAACAGGUGCCGGGAAGUCAACUCUUAUGGUUUCUCUUCUGCGCAUUGUAGAACUGGACGCGGGAAAGAUCUUUAUCGAUGGUCAUGAUACCCGAAACAUCGGCCUCACUAAACUAAGGUCGAAUAUUGCUGUCAUUCCACAGGAUCCCGUGCUAUUCUCUGGUACCAUCCGAAGUAAUUUAGAUCCAUUUGGCGACUUUCCGGAUGACGAGAUCUUCACCGUGCUGACUCGAGUAGGCUUGUUUACAGAUAUCAGGGGGUCUACUUCCACCCAGAGUUUGUCGUCUCUGGGGCUCAGCCAGGUCAAUUCGUUAAAUGACAGCGUGAAGGAGGGUGGAUCAAAUUUCUCUGUCGGGCAGCGACAACUCCUAGUGAUUGCCCGGGCCUUGCUUUCCGGUGCAUCUAUUGUCAUCAUGGACGAAGCCACCGCUGCGGUCGAUGCUGACACGGACGCGAGGAUUCAAAAGGUGAUGCGUUCCGAGUUUGCCGAUGCCACCUGCAUCACGAUCGCUCAUCGCAUCAACACCAUCAUGGAUUCCGAUUUCAUCCUGGUCAUGGACAAGGGCCAGGCCGCCGAAUUUGACACGCCUAAAAAUCUGAUUGCGAAGGGAGGAAUGUUCCGUGAUCUCGUGCAAGCGGCCUCGCACAAAAAUUAAGCACACCACAAGUUGAAAGGAGACGAUGCUAUCGUUGGGCGAUCAAAUCCUGUACAGCCAAGAUAUUUCGCCUAUCGUAGAAAGAGAACACGAUCUUAAGUAAACUGUUUUGCCUUAU